GAGACCCCGUGCGAUGCGCGAUGCCGAUGGAGCUUUAAAAAAAUGCAAACUUACCACGGCUGGGAAUGCGUCAUUAUCAUUUUGUGGACAAUGCUCAACCCAAGCACCAACUGGAACAAUUUCAUUCGGUCGUCUGUCAAGGAUCCGCUGUGUUUGACGGUGAAAUUUACUAUUUUUCGGUCUAUAAACUUUAGAAUUCAUAUUUUUAACUCGACCCACCUGUCGCAGCAAAUUCGAAACGCGAAUGUUGUUUUCAAAUUUACCGCUUACCCGGUAUACGGUAUCGAUUAAAGAUCGAUUAUGGUACAACCUUUAAUUCCAGUCUCUUUUUUAAAUUGAGAUAAAAUACAUUAUUUAGGAACAUAUUAAGCGAAUCAUAUUUUUCAAAAAUGUGAUUUAAAAUAUUUUAUUGAUUCUAAUUAGUGAAUAAAAAUUCAAUUCAAUUAUUUUAUUGCAACAUAAUCUUCCGAUGUUCAGAGACUUGAGUCUGGCAAAAAACUAAACUACAAUUUUUCGUGAUGAAGCCUAUUUGAUGUGAGGCCGCCUCUCUUUACGGCGCAUGCAAUUCUUAUGUACACAUGUCUAAUUGGGAAAUCACGAAUCCUUGAAAGAGCUGUUCAAAUUCCAUGGGAGCUAAAUCUCAAUAUACUGGUACCAGGUACAUGUAUAACGUGUUAGUGUUAGUAGCUGAGCUGAGACUGAGACUGAAUCCGAGUAAAAAAAAAGUCGUGGACGUGGUUGGCGUAACGUUCCAGACCUAGUUACAAAAAUGGAGAAUUCAUCUGAAAACGAAGAACUUCAGGAAUUUCUUAGGAAGGUCGAUGAACUGGAAUCUGUGGUAAAGGGUGAUCUAAACGUGACCGAGGAUGUAUCGGAGCAAGUCAGACUUGAGAACAAGAAUCCAGUCAACAGGACUGUCAUCAAUACCAAUGCUUUCAAAGAUGAUCAAGCCCCCUCUCAACCAGCUCAUCAGAUACCAGCUUCAACAGCACCGAUGAGUGCAUCUCAGGAUGGCUUCAUGAAGGCAGUUGAACGGGAUGCAGCAGAAAGAGCAGAGAGAAGGAAGGAAGCAAAGAAGAGGGCAACAGAAUGGAAGGAUAAAGGGAACGUGGAAUUCAAAGAGGGCAAUUAUGAGAAGGCCAUAGAACACUACACUGAAGGCCUCACCCAUCUCAAAGAUUUUGGUGUGUUGUAUACCAACAGAGCUCAGGCAUACAACAAGGUUGGUCGUUACGAAGAGGCCAUAGCCGAUUGUGACCUGAUAUUGAGACUUGAACCUAAGAACACCAAAGCACACAUUCACAAAGGGAAGGCAUUGCUUGGACAACUCAAGUAUGAGGAAGCUGUAGACAGCUACAAGGAGAUACUUCAAUAUGACCCAAAACAACAGAAAAUGGUGGACAAGUACAUCCUUGAAGCCAAACAGGCAAUGGUAGCAGCCGAAUCUGAGGAAGCUGCAAAGAGAACACUAGAGGGCGGUGACAUGCAUUCUAAGACCAUGACGGAUGUCUUAUCAAAACUUUGGCGUCCCAACCAGAAUCUUAUGUACUACGCUGGAGGAAUGAGAGUCCUGAAAGAAAUGAUACAGGAUGAUACUGCUAGGACACUCUUCAGAACUGGGAAAGGUUUUGAUUUAUUGACUGAAGCCCAUAUUCAGAGGUGUUUGUCCAAAGUGAUUGAUGGGAAGAAAAAAGCAGAAGCAGUUGAAGUAACCCAUUCUCUUUUGGACCUCAUGAGUCAGGUUGUUAUCCAAAAUGAUGAAAACAGUCGAGCUGUCGUAGAAUCCAAAGACUUUGCUUCCACAUUCCUUGGUUUGCUUGGCUCAGGUAAUCCUGACAUAUCAAGGCAGUGUGUUGCUCUCCUGCUGAGGCUCACAGAGAAUUCUGUAUCCAGGCAACGCAUCAUCACUACAUUUGAUAAUGCUAGCUUACUCGUUGGCCUGCUGGCAUAUGUGCAGACUUCACAGAAUGGAUCAGUAGAAGCUGCGAAGGUUUUGAAUAACCUUGCACUGGAGAACAAAUUCAGUUCCCAAUUCAGGGACAAAGUGGAUGAUCAAGUUCUCCCAGCAUUUGAAAAGUUUUUGACACACAGUAUCACGUCCCAGAAGAGUGACGUCUUCCCAUCAUGCAUUUCUUUCAUGGGGAACAUGGCGCAUGACCCGGUCAUCAGGAAGCAGAUUGCUGGCAGGAAGGAAUUCUGGGAAGCCUCCAUUCAAGUUUUGAAAUACCAUACCAAGCAUCUAAACAAGCCUAGCAGUAGAGAAAUGGUCUACACCACUCUUGGCCUGCUCAUGAAUAUCUCCAUGGAAACCAGUCAAUCAUUCAAGGACCAAUCAGAAGGGUUAUGCAAGGAGCUGCUUCCUUUAGUGAAAAGUGAUCAAAUUGAUAUUCAAGAGAGGGCAGCUGGAUUGCUAGGCAGGGCUCUACCUCACUCCACUGGGGCAGCCCAGGCAGCAUGUGAGGCUAGGAUACCCACCAUUCUACAUCAAACCCUUCAGAAUUCAGAUCUGUCUAUAGAAUCCAAGUCAGCACUGAGUCGAUGCCUUGUUGUGUUCACACAAAUCAGUGAAGAAGCCAGAAAUCAGAUCGCUCAAGCUGAUCCAGAUCUCAGUUGCUUCCUUUCUCUCCUGAGUUCAUCCAGUGAUACAGUGGUAGCCAACAUAGCUCUCUCAAUCGGCCAUUGUAUCCAGGUAGAAGGGGUCAGCGAAAGGCUAGCCGACACCGACGUGGUCAAGACAUUACUAGCCAAGACCGACACAACUAAUGAGACCAUAAAGCAGAACUGUUCUAUUACACUGGCUAAACUAGCCACGUCACACCAAAGGCACUUGGAGAGACUACGUGACCUUGGUGGUAUCGGGAUUCUGCACACCUGCUCAAAAUAUGCCCUGAGGUAACCUGAGCAAUCAAAUACUUCAUCUUGAUAUAACCUCUUCUGUCCAAUAGAUCCUGUCACUACUGACGUGUAACCCCAGCUCUUUUUUCACAGACAUGCAUCAAUGGCUGGAGCCCCCCCCCCCCUCCCUCUGAUGUGGAAGAGAGCUCAAAUAUAAACAGCUUCAAAUCCAACUUGUUGAACUCUUAGACCUCAAGGAAAGAGAAAUCUGACCCAGAUGAAAGUUUUGCUUGCUCAUGUUCAAACGCUGUACAGUGCCAUUAAACUCUGUGCCCCACAAUCCUUCAUGAAAAGUCAACAAGAGACAAAUCAGUUUUGAACUUCAAAUGCCUACGCCCAAGGUGUAUCCAAGGUAUAGAUACAAUUUGUUCAGUUUGUAUUACAUCCACCACUAACGUUCAUAUUAUCAUGAGAGGCUUGUGGGUCAACUAAUUUCGCUGAAGAUGAUACAAGAGAGCACAAGCCACAAGUGAGAAUCAAACAGUGAAUCCCAAUUGCAGGUACAGAUAAAGGGUUAUCAAUAGAACUUUAUAUGUAAUAAUAAUAAUAUGGUCCAUUAUAUUUCGCAGCUGCUUUAAUUGCAUAUACCCCGUACUCUACUGCGCUUGAUACUUGGUAUCAUAUUAUUACCCGGCUGUAGCUGAGCCGGCAUGUAGGCGCUAAAACAUUCAAGGAAUAAAUACUACAGGGUACCUAUUCACCUCACCUGGGUUGAGUGCAGCACAAUGUGGGAAUAUUUUUUGCUGAAGGAAAACACGCCAUGGCUGGGAUCUGAACCUACGCCCCUCUGAUUGAAAGAAGAGUGUAACCACUAGACCUCGACGUAGUGUUUGAUCAAGUUUUUUUAAAGGGGAAGUUAAUAAAUUUCCCUUAAUGUCAUUUUCUCCUAAAAAAAUGAAAGUGAUGUUGUUUGUGCCAUGGAUAUAUUAUUAGAAUCAUCAUUUCAUACCCAUUUGUAUUAGAGAAAUAUUCUUUUUCAUCAUAAUCCAGUGAAAAAUUGGAAUUUAUGGGAUUUAUAAUAUCACAUAAUUGGGGGAGCUGAUGUGGCGUCACAAAUGAAAAACUUUGAAAAAUUGUAAAUAUCUUAUUCUUUGAAGGAUUAUCAUGAAACUUUCAUAUUUGUUUUCUAAUUUUUCUGCUUUUAUUAAAAUAAACAUUUCUUCAGUGUGAACUUCCACUUAAAUCUCUUUGAAAGAGAAGCACCGUGAUUAAUACAUUUUGCAGAGUACAUAGUGGUCUGCCGAUCUCAUAGGAUUGGUAAAUUGCCAAUUUGUCUAUCACCAACUCGUCCAGUCACCACAUGGUCUACCUUCAUUUAGUCUCAUGCCAUUCCGUCCAUCAACAUUUUGUCUAACAUCCAUUUGGUCCAAUAACCAUUUCUUCCAAUCAUCUCUUUGUCUAAUCAGUCACCAUUUUGUCUAUUACCAUUUCGUCGAAUAACCAGUUGGUCUAAUACCCAUUUUCUUUUCAUUCAUUUUGCACUAUUAGCACUUUAGUUUAAUUAGACCAAAUGGUAUAUGGACUAAAUGGCUAUUGGACCAACUGGUUAUUAGACGGAAUGGCAUUAGACUAAAUGAAAGUAGACCAUGUGGUGAGUAGACGAACUGAUGAUAGACCAAAUGGUAGUAGACGAGUUGGCAAUUGGACGAAUGGGAAAUAAACCACAGGAUUAGCAUGAAGGAGUGAUCUCACAAUAAGGUGCAUGCAUGUAUUAUGAAAUGCAAGUAUUCCAUUUUAUUUGAUUUAUGACUCAUUUUAAUUGGAAAACAUGUUUUUCAAACUGUUAAUGUAUUAUACAUUAGAUUGCAUAGUAUGAUAUUGAUAUUAUUUUGUCAAUUGAAUGUGUUUGAAGUGCUUAAUCAAUAAUGAAUAAAUAAUGAUAUUGGAUUGUAAGAAUUAUGAAUAUUGUAGAUACCAUUAUUUUAUAUUUCGGGAGGUGUAAUAGAAAAUUAAUUCAAAAGAGGGGGGCAUGGGCAGGCUGUGCCCCCCCCCCCCCUCUGGAUCUGCCAGUAAUAGAAGUGAUAAAUAGCGUUUUUUAGGAAAUUAUUUCUGAAGUGAAGAAGGACUGUGAUUUAUGGUUUGAAAUUGGUUGAUUGAUUGAUUGACUGAUUCAUUGCUUUGUUUCUUUUUUUCUCAUUGAUUAAUUGAAUGAAUGAUUGUUAGAUUGGCUCUUUUGACUGAUUGUUUAAUUCAUUUUUUGAAUGAUUGAAUGAUUAAUUGUUCGAAACAUUGAUUAAAUCCUUGAAAUAAUAAUUGGAAA